UCCGUCCGCAGUGGCAGCCUCCCGUUCAUUGUGUUCUGGCUGCGAUGUGGCGCUGGCGGUCUCUCGCCGCCGGCGGAGGCUCCUGGAGGAGCGACACGGGGGUGACCGGGCACGGCGGUCAGAGACGCAGAGGGAGCGCGGUGGUGGUCCUGAGGCGGUCCGGGGAGAAGGGCGGAGGGACAGCCGAGGAGGUGCGGGUCGUGGUCCCUUCUGGAGGACGCUGCCCGAAUGCCCCGAACUUCCUGGAAUGCAGGUGUGUAGACCCUUCUAGCCUGAGGAGUCCUAAGGGUGCAAAACUCCACACCUGCCUCCACAGCACUUUGCCUGUCCCUAAGAGGGCUCAUCAGAGAAGAAAGAAUGGCUGUCAGCCACCUGCCAGCCAUGGUCCAGGAAUCGGUGACCUUCAAGGAUGUGGCUGUGCUCUUCACUCAGGAAGAGUGGGGGCAGCUGAGCCCAGCCCAGAGGGCCUUGUACAGGGAUGUGAUGCUGGAGAACUACAGGAACCUGGUCUCACUGGGGCUCUUAGGACCCAAACCAGAUAUAUUUUCCCAGCUGGAAAAAAGGGAAGAGUGGAUGCCAGAGGACCCCUCUGGAGGCUUCUGUCUUGACUGGAUGGCUGUGCCUGUCCGUAAGAAGUCUACUCUCAAGGCAGAGAUUCCCGAAGAAGAAUUGGAUCAAUGGACAAUAAACGAAAGAUUGGGUAGCAGUAGUUACUGGAAAUGUGCUAGUCUGUUGGAGUGGCAGUGUGGAGGCCAGAGCAUCAGUUUGCAGCGAGCAGCACUCACUCACCCAAACACCCGCGCUGGGAUCGGUGAACAGGAAUGUGAUGGUUCCGGGAGCAUUAGGAGCUCAUCUCUUCACAGUGCUCAAAGCCAGGGACUUCAACCCAGCAAAAAAGCCUUUGAGUGUAGUGAGUGUGGAAAAGUCUUCUCUAAGAGUUCAACUCUUAAUAAACAUCAGAAAAUUCAUACUGAAAAAACAACAAGUCAGAAAAUUCAUAUUAAAGAGAAAAGAUAUGAAUGUAGAGAAUGUGGGAAAGCCUUUCACCAGAGUACGCACCUUAUCCAUCACCAAAGAAUUCACACUGGUGAGAAACCCUAUGAGUGUAAGGAAUGUGGCAAGGCCUUCUCAGUGAGCUCCUCACUUACCUACCAUCAGAAAAUUCAUACCGGAGAGAAGCCUUUUGAGUGCAAUUUAUGUGGAAAAGCUUUUAUCCGCAAUAUACACCUUGCCCAUCAUCAUAGAAUACAUACUGGAGAGAAACCUUUUAAAUGUAACAUUUGUGAAAAAGCCUUUGUGUGCAGGGCACAUCUUACCAAACACCAGAAUAUCCACAGUGGAGAGAAACCGUAUAAAUGUAAUGAAUGUGGGAAAGCCUUUAAUCAGAGUACGAGUUUUCUUCAGCAUCAGAGAAUUCACACUGGAGAGAAACCCUUUGAAUGUAACGAAUGUGGGAAGGCCUUCAGGGUAAACUCUUCCCUUACUGAACAUCAGAGAAUUCAUACUGGAGAGAAACCUUAUAAAUGUAAUGAAUGUGGGAAAGCUUUCAGGGAUAAUUCAUCCUUUGCACGGCAUCGGAAAAUUCACACUGGAGAGAAACCUUACAGAUGUGGUUUGUGUGAGAAAGCCUUCAGGGACCAGUCAGCACUAGCCCAACAUCAGAGAAUACAUACUGGGGAAAAACCUUAUACAUGUAAUAUAUGUGAAAAAGCCUUCAGUGACCAUUCAGCCCUUACCCAACAUAAGAGAAUUCAUACUAGAGAAAAACCUUACAAAUGUAAAAUCUGUGGGAAGGCCUUUAUCCGAAGCACCCACCUUACUCAGCAUCAGAGGAUUCACACAGGAGAGAAGCCCUAUAAAUGUAAUAAAUGUGGGAAAGCUUUUAACCAGACUGCAAAUCUCAUUCAGCAUCAGAGACAUCAUAUUGGAGAAAAGUGAUACGAAUGUAGUUUGUAUGGAAGACCUUUGAGACUGAGUAAAUUAAUUAUUGAAUGUAAGAUAAUCCAUUCUAGAGAAUAACUAUGAAAGCUUGCAUCAAGAUAGUCACUUUAUUUACCGAGGGUCAAGUUUGACAGUGUCAUGGGGUUUGGGCAUUUAAGAAUGGCAAACACUCCUCAUUCUUUAAUACUGCCUCAAGUAGCAGUAGUGUUUCAUUAGUCUGAAGUGCCAGCUAUCAGAACCAAAAUGGAGCUUCAUUAACAAUUAACAGCAUUAAAAUUGGUUUAUCAAAUUACAUCUUGAUGAUUAGAGAAACUAUGAAAUUAUAAAAAUUAAAGUUGAGAAGCAAAAGAACAAAAAGUCAAAAUGGCCUACAAGCAUUUCACUCUACUAGAUUCUCUUACAUGAGAGAGUUGAGUUGCCACCUCUAAUGGAACCUUUAGUCCUCUCUUCACCCAAACCACUGACACCCAGUAUAAAGAAAGUGCAGUCACCAUGGGUCACCCAUAAUUAUUUACAUUAUGCUUCCUACCUUCUGCUGCAAACCAUCCAUUGUCAGAUACCUCUGUCUGCCUGUCCACUGGCUUCAUCCCUGUAGAAUCCCUGUGAGAUUAUUUUCCCUAAACGACCCUCUUCUCACUUAGCAACUCCUCACUGUCUGCAUGGUGUCACCUAUCACUGCCCCAAAUGGGGAGUGUGGUGAUCUGGUCUCAGACACAGUCCAUGAUUCUGAAUAUCACAGCCAAAUACAGCUUUCAGAACUUAAGAGUCUCUGUCUGGAAGGCAAAGCUUGAUCACAGUUCUUGAGUUACACAUUUCCACUGGGCUUCAGCUUGACUGACCCUGGGAUGCUGCCUGAAGUAGGGGCUUUGCCUGUGUCACGUUUACCCUCCAGUUGUUCUGUAGUAUACUUAGUGAAUCUACACAUCAGUCAGGGACUUGCUCAGCUUCUGGUGCAAUGAUUCCACCCACUUUAGUUGUAGUCUUCCCGACCACCUCCAUCUGUCAUUUCCCAUCUCCCUGUGUGCAACUGAUAGAAGAGGUGAAAGCCCCAAGGCCAGUUCUCAGAGUGCUCUGACCCGCUCUCUUCUCCCUCGCUGGGCAGUGCACCGUGUCUACUGCACUGGAGUACGUUUACUGCUCUCAGCAUGAACUGCUGCAUCCUAGUCCUUCCCCUGCUUUUUUCUAGGUUUCUGGAGGUAUUAAUUCUAUAUUCAUAGGAAAGCAGACAGCUUUGCAUUUCUGCUUUUGCAUUUGGAAGUGGUCAUUUCCUCUCCUCCAUCUAGGCCUUUCACUAUUUAAGGACUCAUGCUGACAAUGGUGAGAAAAAUGUUGAGUAACUCCAUGAGUCACGAAGUGGUCAGUAGCACCAUUGACAUUUCCUGGCAAGGGCCAUGUCCAUGUUCAAAAGUCUGUGGUACGGCAGUCUGGGAGGCAGGGUUCCUUCACCAUCUUUAAUCCUUCGUUGCUUUCAGUAGAAAUCACACAGAUAAAAUAACAUCUGUGCUCCUUCACACACACAGCCUCUGGGGCCCUCUCCCUUUCCCUACCACAAGGAAUGGAGGAGCCUGCACUACCGCCAGGUGGAACAUACCAUGCAUGAAGAUGGGAGGCCAAGCAAAUUACUCUGGACAGUGAAGUGGCAAGUUCCUGGUUUGUGGACGUGCUCUCUGUCAGGCUGAGCAAUGCUGACCCCUCAGAAUGCAGCACCUCACCCCAUGUUACAGAAGAGGAUAUUCUAUAUCAUGGUAGAACUCAGUGGGCUCUGGCUUGCAACGUACUUGGAAGCUUCCAGCAGCUUCAAAGUCCAAGUAAUCUAAAUUCAGUCUUCAUCUAAUAAAGGCCACCUUUGUGGGCCAGCAUCUCCUGCUAGAUGACCAGCAACUCAGACUUUCUCCCAUAUUAAGCUGCACGCGAAGCACUGUUCCAAGAGGUUUCUUGGGAUUGUCUGUGUCCCAUGUCCACAGAAGUUCAUCUGCAGCUUCACAUGGCUGACACCCUGAGAUUCCAGAGUAAAUCUGAAAAAGUCACGUUCACUGCUACAGAUGUCUGCCUUCAGCCCUAUCCAUGUGAUGUGCCAGGUCUUAACUACCACCCCCUUACCUUGAAUCCCCAAGAAGCACGUUUCUAAGCUGAGUUGGUUGGUUAUUUGUAAUCAAUGCAUGAGAACUACCACUACUUGGUAUGUGCCUACAGUUGAGCCAGGGCCAAGGCCUGCACCCAGCUCAAGAGUCUCCUUCAUCUCAGCCACAGCUUCAGGAACUAUGCUCCAGCGCCUAAGUGCAGCCUGCAGCC